AUGUUUGCUGUGACUAGUGAGAGAAUGCUUACGCUUGCCGGUUACAUCGAUGCCAAGACUGAUGCUGGGGUUGUUGAUGUUGGGUUGGUCUUAGACAAACAUAACAUGCAGAAAGAUUGGCUUCCUGUGCCUCAGCUGACUCGAAACCCUUCUUUGAUUCUCUACUUCAAAACUGCCUUUUCUUCUAGAAAGAUUCAGGCAAUCAGUGAUGACUUCGAUGGCAAAGAAGAAGCAACAAGAUCACUCAGUUCAUUUGUCAACGUUUUCUGUAACUUGUCUUAUACAUGGGUUUGCUUAGUCAAAAGGCAGAUGAAAUAA